ACAUCUCAGACUUUGGAUUAUUUCUGAUCCUGAACGAGCUUGUGAUGUUUGUCAGCUUGUUUUUCAUGUUCCUCUUCACAGAUGGGGCAUCCUCUGAGGGGAAAUGUGCUUACCAGGACAUUGUCAAGCAUUUGGGUUUGACCUAUGACAAUAAGACGUUCCACAUGACCCGGCCUGUUGCCAACUACAGUGAACCCACACUUGUUUUUAUGGAGUUGUCUGUCUAUGCCAUUCUAGAAGUGAGAGAGAAGGACCAGAUAUUUGUUUCUUGUGUUAUGAUCAAAAUGACAUGGUUAAAUGAGUUCGUACGUUGGAACGAAACAGAAUUUUGUGGUAAUGGACAUUUGAUUGUUCCAGCUGAACUCAUGUGGAAGCCAGAUCUCACCGUUCAGGAAUUGACAGAGAGUGAAAAGUCUAAACCUAACCCUUAUGUCAUAAUAAGAUCAAUCGGGCAUGUUAUACUAAUGGAUGAACUCGUGUUGGUCAGCACCUGCAAAAUGCAGGUCUACAGAUUCCCCUUUGACACUCAGAGCUGCAUACUCACUUUUAGGUCCGUUGUACACUCUGGCGGCGAUAAAUGGAUCACAGAAAUGUCUCGCAGGAAGACACGGAAUCAGUCUGAGUGGGAGCUGAUCAGCAUUACAAGCGAAACAAAAACUGAAUCAACAUUUAUCGGAAUUCAUCAAACCUUAAUGAUUUACACUAUCAAGAUAAAGAGGAGGUCGGCGCUCUACAUUGUCAACUUCAUACUCCCCAUCUUGUUCUUCCUGUGUCUGGACUUGGCCUCCUUCCUGAUCUCAGACACCAGUGGCGAGAAGCUGGGCUUCAAGGUCACAGUGCUGCUCGCUGUAACUGUGAUGCAGCUCAUUCUCAAUGAAAUUCUGCCUUCUUCAUCAGAGCGGAUCCCACUGAUAGCCGUCUACUGCAUUGGGGUUUUUGCUCUGAUGAUGCUCAGCCUCCUGGAGAGUGUUUUUGUGAUGUACCUGAUAGACAAAGACAACGCACCACAGGACAAUGAGACAGAUGAAGACCUGAGGCUGAGCGAGGACAAACGAGGCAAAGCUAGAUGUGAAGGAGAGGUGAAUAAAUGUGUUCACUCUUCAUCUGGCUGUGAUGUGUCUCCCAUUAAGACACCAUCUGAAAAGCUGCCAGUGGCUACAGAGGAUAGCAACAUCCAACUGACGGAGGUGUCUCUGGCCUUGUAUGAGGUGAGGAACCAGAUAAAGACUCUACUCGUCAGCAGCAGGAAGGAGGAAGCAAAACCUGGCUACUGGACCAAAGUGGCUAGAAGAAUCAACAAAUGCAGCAGGGGCGCUGUUCGCUUUCACGACUCCGCGCUGUCGUUCAAUCAGUGA